CAGUGUUCACGUUGACAUCUCGCGAUGUUUACGAAGUGACGGUUUCGGAAAGGGAGUUGGAGGGGGCGGGGUGCAGAAGAGAGAUUUUGAGUUUUUUUUUUAAAUAUAACAUUAUUUAUUUAAAUAAAAAUGGCUGCCGUGGAGAGCGAAGAGGAGAGAAUAAAGGAGGCCACAGAGGGCCAGGAGGAGAGAGAACGGCCACACAGUAAGACUAAGAAGGCUCGCAAGGAACGGCGCCAUGUUGAACAGGUGGCCAUAUCUCAGGAGCCCUUGCCCUCAUCAGGGGUGGAGAUCUCGCAAUCAGAGCCGAUGGCGGGGCCCUCGCAAGCAGCAACCGGGAGCGAGUCUGCAGGAUCUCCCAGGCAGCGACGCUCCAUCAUCCGAGAUCGCGGACCGCUGUACAACGACCCCUCGCUGCCUGUCGGCUGGACCCGCAAGCUCAAGCAGAGGAAGUCCGGACGCUCUGCAGGGAAGUUUGACGUCUACCUGAUCAACUCGGAGGGAAAGGCUUUCCGGUCCAAGGUGGAGCUCAUCGCUUACUUCCAGAAGGUCGGUGACACCACGACUGACCCCAACGAUUUCGACUUCACCGUGACAGGACGCGGAAGCCCCUCCCGCCGGGAGAAGAAACCUCCCAAGACACUAAAAGUGGUCAAACCUUCUGGUAGAGGCCGUGGAAGGCCCAAAGGCAGUGGGAAGAUACGUCAGGUUACGGAGGGUGUAGCUAUGAAGCGCGUGGUUGAGAAGUCUCCUGGAAAACUGUUGGUCAAAAUGCCAUACAGCAAGGCGGAGUCCACCGGUGAGACCACACCCACCACUUCAAAGGUGUCAGCUCCUGCCCUGCCGUCAGUCAAGUCACGUGCAGGCAGGAAGAGGAAAUCAGAACAGGAUCCUCCUGCUCCCCUGCAGACUACACCCAAAAAACGUGGCAGGAAACCAGCCUCGGCUUUAGCAGCAGCGACAUCUGCCACGGCAUCUUCCUCGUCAGCAUCAACCUCUGGUAUGUCAGCAGCAGGGAGCUACGCCGCCGCCGCUAUCAUGGCCGCUGAGGCCAAGCGCAGAGCCACAAAGGAGUCUUCCAGCAAACCUGUUGUCCAGGAAACAGCCCUGCCAAUCAAAAAACGCAAGACGAGAGAGACAGUUGAGGAGAGGGAGAAAGUUCCGACUCCAGGAUCUAGCACCACCGAACCUGGAAAGAUGGCGCCCUCCGAGGGGGAGACCAGUCAGAAAGAAUCCACACAAACUACCCAACUUGCCCCUUUGGAGGGGAGCCAGUCCCAAUCCCAGAGGCCGCCUUCUGCUCCCCAAGAAAGUCACUCACACGGACAUAAAUCGCACAAAGGGAGGAAGCACAAGGAGAAGAGUGGAACAGCAGAAAGUCAAGAGGAGGAAGUGAGCGAAGACAUUGAUGAAAAAGGAGGAAAAGGUGGAAGGAGUAGUAGCAGUAGCAGUAGCACGAGUCCGUCCAAAAGUCACAAAAGGAAGGAGCGCUCGCCACACAAACAUCAUCAUCACCAUCAUCACCAUCAUCGUCAUCACCACCGCCACCAACAGCACUCCCCUUUGCAUCAUCCUCAUCCAGCAUCUGGACCCGCCUGCAAGUCCCAACCGAAAACCGAUCUACACACUGAAUCCCAGUCCACUGCCCUCAAACCACCUCCCCUUUCACACCCCUCGCCUCAACCCUGCCCACUGCAAGCACUCCAGACCUCAUAUCCAGGACAAAGCCAAGCUCUGUCUCAAGUUCCAGUUACUCAGUCCUCCGCCAUCAGGCAUUCCCCUCCUCGGCCUCACCCCGACAAAACAUCACCAUCAGUCCAACACAAAACUCAGCUUGCAGUUCAGCAUGCUUCACCUCCAUCAGCCUCGCAGGGCCAGCCCCCACAGACAAAGAAUCCUCAUCCACAACCCCAGUCCUCAGUAAUGCUCCAGUCUCAAACCCAAUCCAGAACCCACUUUGAGACUCAACCACUUGAUCAACUCCAAACUCAGAUCAGGGCGUAUCACUCAGCCGACCCGCAAAUACAGCCCAGAACCACGACCCAACCCCAUCGACAACACCAGUCCAGAACCUCUGCCCAAACUCAGUUCUCAUACAGUUCACCCACACAGACUCAACUUUCGACAAAGAUGAGCCCCUCUUUGCAACACCAACUUCACAUUGAAAGCAGACCACAAACCAGACACUCUCUUGCAGAGUCCAGGCCCCUGCCGGCCCGAGCGCAACUACAUUUGCAUCAGAUUCAACCACAGAUGCCCAGGCCGCAAUCGCAACAACUCCCACUCCAACAACUAUCUCUCCGCAUGAGACCCAACAUGGUCUCUGCUCAACAGAGCGAGCAACCUCAAGACCUGAGCACCACACCCUCCACUCGCAGCCAGGAGGGGGGGUCCAUAACCGAAAUACCAGUUGAAGCAGGACGCGUCUCAGAAAGCAGAGAGACAACUGGGGAGUCGAACAGCACUGCGAUCCCUUCCAGCUCAAUCUGCUCCAAUCCCCCUGGAGGAACAGGGACAGAAGACGGUGUCAGUCUUGUGUCCGGGGCAGAAGGCAGGGCGCGGCUUCGGGCAGAUUCGGAGGCGGUGGACGAGAGCAGGGAGCUAAGAGACAUGGUACCCCCAUCUGCCGUUCCCUGUCCCAGCCGAGAGGAAACAGUCGAAUCUCGGACUGCCGUCAGUGAAAGAGUCAGCUGAUGAGUGGGUGCGUUUGGAAGCGGAAUCCGCCUUUGUUGUGGACUGAGGUGGUACCAGUGAGGGCUCUUCCUUCAUCUUUGUGCACUGUUGUUCCAUGGAACGACCCCUUCACUUUUUGUCAAUGGAAUGAGCGCGAAGCUAGCACUGACGAUGAGAAUGGAUGGUGUCAUUUUUUUAGGGGAAAAAAAAGGAAAACAUAGAUUUAAAGUCUGUGUGUGUGUGUGUGUCUGUGUGUCUGUGUGUCUCUCUGUGCGUGCGUGCGUGCGUGUACAUAAUCAAAAGGCAGCUGUUGUGUCCCGCUCGUUUGGGUAGAUGAAUUGGGGGGCAGUUUAAAACUGAAAACAAACGGCUGAGUGCACAUUGUCUCCAACAAAAUGUUGCUUGCAGAAUAUAAUCUGUUUAUUUUAUUUUGUAUUUUUGAAAGUUGAUUUCGUCUUUACAGCUUUAAAGUUCAAUGUAAUUGACAGAUACUCCCGAGCACGUGACUGUACUGCUGAUUGAAACUGCCUAUUUCAGUUGAAUGGCUUCAUCAAAGACCUUGUUCGUUUUCUCAUCUCUUCCAGUGCCCCAAUCUAGUAGCCAACAGUUCUACACUUUGUCCAGACACCUGAUUUCAAACACUUGAACACUUGCGCUGACAAGUACUGUUAUCUUCCGGAGUGAUAUUCAAACUGACAUCCGAUAGUCGAUUUACACAUGAGUCGUUCUUCCAUUUUGGUUGUGUUUCCCAAGGAAGCACGCAUUUCGUCAAAGCGAACCGCACGUAACUUCUUCUUCACCUUGGUUCUGAUUAGAGUUUCCUCUUUGUCUUGAAUGUUGUGGAACAGCCUCUGGAAGAUUUGGGAGUUGAGGUCCAUCUUAUCCAUCUUACUGUUUUGCCAAAUAAGCCGAACUCCUCUUGCGGGGUGGGAGCAGCGGCAAACUACAUUCACCACCAUAUGUAAAUGGAUUUUCUACAACUUUAACAUUCUGAACCCAUUUGGUUGGUUGAAGAGCUACUGAUUACUUAACAUGCACACAUCGCAGGUUUUGCUAGUAGUUGCGGGGCAGGGGUUCGACAAGCCAGAAUUUAGGAUUCACAGACCGUUUGGAUGAUAAAAGUGGUUCCUGGUUGUUUGUUUGUUUGUUGUUGUUCUUUUUUUUGCUGCUUUUUUGGAAUGUUUUGUCUUCCUCCCAUCUUGUGAAGAUACAGAUAAAUAAUACAGGUUUUCCUGUCUUUUUUUCACUCAUGUUGUAGUCGUAAUAUCCUGUCAGAAUGUGUUGUCAUCGGUCACAGCACAAGAGAGUUUUAUCCUAAACAGAAACAGUUCAGUUCUUGGAAAUAAUGGUAGCCUGUGCCCUUCUUCAGUUUUGACAAAUUUGCAAGAUGUUUCGUCUAAGUGUCCACUUCUGAAUUGGAAUGUUUAAGAAAAUCAAGGAAAUGUCUGAUAAGAUAACCUUUAUUUGUCCAUUAAUGGGGAAAUUUGUGGAUCGUGGAUGCUGUUGCCAUGGAUGUCAUGCACUGAUGUGACACAUGACACAUAAUGAAGCCUUCCACGCGACAAGUAAAUGUUGGAGAGUGUCAUCGGUGGAGGAGCUCAGAUUUUACCCUGAUUGUUUCGGUAUCGCUCAAUGGUACCACAAGUGAAAGAAAUUGCAUCCCAAUUGCUCAUGAAGGAUGUCAAUCGAGCCAAACAUUCAAAAAUGUUCUCAAUCUUCCGUUUGGAAGGGAUACACUCAUGCAUUAUUCCUACAUUUGCAUCUUGGCAUUCUUCUGACAGCUAGGAUGUGGUGACAUUGGAAAAGUGCACCUCACUUGGGAAUCUUCCCGCUGAAUUGUGGGUCACCUGACGACCCAAGAUCACCUUUGUGUUUGUGGCAUUUGGUGGCCACAAGCCCCUUAGCUGGCCUUUGUCAGACCGAAUGGGACCAGUGUAAGCAGCCGCCAUAUUGCAUGUUCCAGAGUCUAGUGCCUAUAACCUUGCGCGUCUUGCCGGAAGCCACCAUGUCAGCCAGCAGCCAUGUUGUUCCUAGACUUAGUAGUGAUGUGUGGUGAGCUCAUAGCUGCUGAAUAAUAAUACUCUGCUUUCAACUCAAUACACUGUCACUGUAGACUCACUAGUUUUUACCGGGUUAUGAGUUUUUUUUCUUAUUAAAAGCGUUUGUUGUCCCCCCUACAA